UGCCAACAGGCUGAAGUGCAUACAUGCACAAUAGUGGUAAAGUGGUAAACACACACACAGACAGGGAGAGAGAGAGAGUUGAAUGAUUAACUGUCUAGAUAAAGUAAGUGGCAAACAGCAGUGGAAAGGAGAGAAGGAAAGCAAAAACGCGGUAGAGUGGAAAACAGAAAAUAAAUUAGCUUGAACAAACUGCAGGACAAAGCAACUUAUUCACUUCUUAUUCAAAUUAUUCCCACAUGGAAGAAGCUAGUGAACAACCCAGGAAGAUUGAGCUAAAUGAUGGCAACUGGAUGCCACUGCUGGGCUUGGGGACAUGGAAGGGAAAGAAAACAAGUGAAGAACUGUGUCAAGGUGCAGCAGAGACGGCUAUAGCUGCUGGUUAUCGUCACCUGGACACAGCUUACAGUUAUGAUAAUGAGGUGGAGCUGGGCAAGGCAAUCCAUUCCAAAAUGCAACAGGGCAUCAUAAAGCGCCAGGACAUGUUCAUUGUGAGUAAGUUGUGGGGAACUCAUCAUGCCCCUAAGGACAUCCCUCUGUGUCUGAAUAAAUCCAUCAGUGACCUGCAACUCGAGUACCUGGACCUGUAUCUGGUGCACUUUCCUGUGGGACUACAGAAAGUUGAUAACGAGCUUUUUCCAAUGAAGGAUGGAAAGAUGCUCACCUCAGACAUUGAUUAUGUGGACGUGUGGAAGGGGAUGGAAGCGCUCAAGGCCUCUGGGAAAGUAAAAAGUAUUGGUGUGUCCAACUUCUCAAUCCAACAACUAGAAAGGCUGCUGUCUGUGGCUAAAAUCCCACCAGCUGUCAAUCAGGUAGAGCUUCAUCCUUACUUUGUACAGUCUGAUCUUAUUGAAUAUUGUAAAGCGAAAAACAUUGCGCUCACAGCCUACAGUCCCUUUGGGUCACCAGGAAGAAGCAAAGAGUUUCUUAGAGGAGACAAAGAUCCUGAAAAGCUUCUAGAGGACCCUGUGGUUAGGGAAAUCGCUGCAAAACACAGACGGACUCCGGCACAGAUUUUGCUGAGGUAUCACAUUGAACAGAAUAUUGCAGUGAUUCCAAAGAGCGUUAAAUCCAACCAUAUUCUGGAGAACACAAAGAUCUUUGAUUUCUGCCUGGACUUGGAGGAUAUGAGGGCACUCAAGUCUCUGAAUCGUGGCUGGAAGGCCUGCAUUAUAGAAGAGUUGGAAUCUCAUCCUUACUACCCUUUUAAGUGAAAUGUCAUUAAUCCUGUAUGCAUGAGAAAGAGAGACGUGUUUCAUCUUUCUUCUGAUCAGAUGAAAAUUUUAAACAAAUGCAUUUCGACUACAACAAAUCGUCUGAUUUAAAAUACUCAAUCAAGAGUGUUAGUGCCAAACUUGACUGUGAUUGUAACACACACUGUGCUAAACUGAGCCUCAAAGAGAACCAAUAAACCAAUGCCACAUUCUGAA